AUAAAUAUAUAUAUUUUCAUAUUGCUUAGGCCAAAUUGUACAAGGGGGGUUGAAUUUUUACACACACUGAACACACCGAAAUGACAUUUGGAUAACCUAUAAAAUUACAUAAAAACAAAAUGCCGACAUGUUCUCAUAUUUUCUGUAACAACACACAUGUAAAUCUUGAAAUAGUAAUAAAAUUUGUUAAUACACAUAGAAAACAUUGAUAGUAUGACAAACUAUUUUCACUUGGAUGUGGAAUUGAAGCUACGCGACGAAGACAAAGCUGUUGUUACUCCUGCUUACUUUCUUGGGAGCAUAGAGGAAUCAUUGCAAGGUUUUUUUGGUGAGAUUGGAGGACAGACCGACUUACAAGUAAUAAAAUUUGAUAAGAAUCAAAAACGUGCAAUUCUCAGAGUACACGAAGAAUUUGUGACGCGCACACGUUCAGCAAUUACACUAAUUGGACAUUUCCAAGACAUUCCUUGCCAUUUCAUAAUAAGAAAUACAUCUAAGGAGCAGCUAGACUUUUAAACUUUUCUAAUUCACGUUUAAGAUUACAAUGUCGUACUGCAAGGUAUUUGGCAAAGAUAAAGUUUUCUUUGUUACCAAAGAGGAUCAUGCAACACCUAGCAAUAUUGAGUUGCCACCACCAGAACCACCACAAGGUCUUAUAACCAGUGAUGGAGAAAUUAAUUGGAGUUGCCCAUGUCUAGGAGGCAUGGCUACAGGUCCGUGCGGUGUUGAAUUUCGUGAUGCAUUUUCUUGCUUUCAUUAUAGCAAAGCAGACCCCAAGGGCUCUGAUUGUUUCGAAGCUUUUAGAGCAAUGCAAGAUUGUUUUGUACAAUAUCCCACAGUAUACAAUAAGUCUACUGGUAAUGAUGAAGAUGACGAGGAGGGCGGAUUAAACAUGCCAAAUUUGGAAGAAGCUGAAAAAGAUGCAUCAAACGUGGUUCUUGGUGUGGAGGGUUCGGCCGUACUUACCAAGAAAGAAAAUUGAGUUAUGGGUAGAUGGGGAAGAAAAAGUGUACGUUUAAAGUCGGGGAAAAAUUUCUUCAAUCAGCAAUGAAAUUGGAAAAAAAAAAUGUUAAUUGAUUUAAUUUUGUUAUAAUUGCAUUUUUAAUGUUCAUCGUUACCUUGCAGAUAGAUUUUUAGUAAUAGUUCUAUAUAUAAUUUAACAUCUGAAAUAUAGAAAUGUAUAUUAUUCCAAAUAUUUAAAUAUAUAUUCUUCUAUAUAUUAUAAACUGGGAAACCGGUUUGGAUGAUUCAAAAAAAA